AUGACGGCACAACCAUUGCAGUCAUCGGCAUUGAAGAGUCGUCUAGGAGGAGGACCCAUCCUCAGAAUCGAAAACUUUGAAGAAUGGGACUUUGCUCGCAUGGGGUUCAAAAGUGACCAGGACCGCGUGAAAUGGCUCGACGAUAACAACAAAUGGAAAAGCUAUACCGAUAUUAUCGAGGAACUCCGAAAACCGCGCGAAAAAUUUGCCCGAAGAAAGAUUUAUGAAGCGCACCGAAAAAGCCUCCAGGAAGAGCUCCGGCAAAAGAUCAAAGACGAGCUCAUAGUCAGAUCCCACGAGCCGUACUUAGCAGGGAUCGAACUGCCUGAAAAUCAAAAAAUCAAAUCCAACGAGAUCCCAGAAUUGUGGAAACGCUGCGAAACAGGUUGGAUUGAGAAUUCAUUCGCAGAGACCCAGCUCCUGGGUAGCCUCGAUGGUCUGAUCAAAGAACUGCCCUUUUUUGACGCGACGAGCCCUUGGGACUUCAUGGUCCUUGGGCUUCCAUCCCUCUGUAUGAAGACUUUCAAGGAAGUUUCCUAUCGACAGUAUCGUUUCGCUAUCGAAAUUAUCGCCCAGAUCACCAGCGCCAUGGAAGAUCGAUAUGGGCACGCGAAUCACCUCGCACAACAUACAAUAUAUCUGGACCACACACAUAUGACCUCAUACCCUGGUCCAGGAGAGACCGAUCAAGACCGUUUUAAAAACGCCCUGUUCGAGCGUACGCACCACCUCGACAGGAAGCUAGACAUGGAAGUCGCACCACCGUUCGAAAACGAACCGAUAAUGUUAUCGUGGCUGUUGAAAGAGCUGGGAGGCGCAGACGCUCUUGUGAGACUUCCACAGAUGAUGCUCAUCAUGUUCAAGCCUGUGAAUCCAAUCCGGCAGCUGAUUCAGCACUUGCUGGACCAGCUGCAACACGAACAGCUUCCGUGUGUCAUUGUUUGUGCACCUGGAGAUGUCGACAAUGUCAUGCCGAGUGGGAACAGUCAUCUCGCCGAGCUAGCCAAUCGCUAUAGCGGCGACAGAAGCUCAGAUCUGGUGGAGGACUUCCUCACUAGGAAUUAUCAUAAGCAUGCACUUUUGACUGACGAAACUCUCGCCGGGUUGGAACACUUUUCUCCAGAGGCGAAGCAGGAAGCAAAGAAUAUUCUUGGGACACUAUGCCUGUUCGUGCGCAAAGAUUUGAGGCAUAGUCCGCCAAGGGCAAAUACUGCAUAG